UACCUGGAUGUGAUACAACUUAUUCAUAACUUUAGUCAAUAUUAUAGUGAAUGUUGUGUCAGUCGAUCGUUUUACAUAGUUGGAUAUCCACUUUAUUGUUGUAACUACAAAAGUUACUGCUAUUGAUCUUUCAGUCAUUUAGUGAAACUCAUACCUAGAAACAUGAACAGAAAUACAGAGUUUAAUAACAACUCUUUAAUUUUAAAUGAAUUGCAGAACUAUAGUUACUUGACAGGAAUGACUACAAAUAAUAGUAAUAUUUCAGCCGAAAAUGUUUUUGCCAAGGCUACACCAGUGUCAUCAGCUACCAUGUUUACCAUUGGAGUAGUUGGGAAUAUAUUUGCUAUAAUAGUUAUAUGGAGGUCUUCACCAAGUCACAAAUGGAAGGCUUUUUAUAGAUAUGUGUUCUUGUUGGCUAUCACAGACUUAUUAGGGAUUUUACUGACAUCCCCGAUCACGCUGUAUACUUAUGUGAAUAACAGGCAGUGGAUAGGAGGGCAACCACUUUGCAACUUUUAUGGUUUUCAGAUGGCGUUUUCUGGAGUGGCAACUGUCCUUAUUGCGGGUGCCAUGUCGGUUGACCGUCUGAUGGCCGUUUACUUUCCAUAUUUUUACACAAAGGAAAUUAAAAACAUUCCAAGACGAAUUAAUUACAUUUUGGUAUUCAUUUGUCUAUUUUCAGUUCUUGUUGGCGUUUCUCCUAUCAUAGGAUUCGGACAUAAUCAGGUACAGUUUCCAGGAACAUGGUGCUUUUUCAAAAUUCAUUCGGAAGAAAUAGUGGACAAAGCUUUUUGUAUUAUGUACGCCUCGACUAUAUUAAUAGUCAUACUAAUAAUGGCCGUUUGUAAUACACUAGUUAUAGCUUUUCUGAAAAACGAAUCUUUAGAAUGGUCAUAUGCUAACGGACGCAAAACUAGUAUAUCUAGUGUGAAAAGUAGCAGGAAGAAAAACGAUUUAUACAUCAUAAUAUUUUUAGUGGCUAUAUUCGUUGUCUUCAGUGCUUGUUGGACCCCUUUCAUGGUAUACAUAUACGUCAGACAGAGUGGAGUGCAUUGGAAUGGACAAACAGAAUUGAUAAUAAUCAGAAUCGUGUCACUGAACCAAAUAAUAGAUCCUUGGGUAUAUAUUCUGUUACGAAAGGAAAACUUAAUGAAAUUUCAAAAGUUUUGUAUUAGCACUAAAGACAGACACUGCAAAUGUAACACUCUUCACUUUAUCAAAGCUCCUUGUUUACAUACAAGUUUAGAGUCUCAUUCCAUAUCACAAUCCGGACUGUAACAUAUUCAUAUGUGUAAUGUAACCUGUGUACUUACGAACUAGUUCAUCUCUCAUUCCAAGCUGGACUUGUACAUAGACUGAUGAAAGAUUUCCGUUAUCGUUUUGUUUGAGUUGUAACCAAUUACGCAUAACUAUGAGAUAUUUAUGCACAGAAGUGCAAAUGAAUUACU